GUCGGGGCGGCCUACUUCGAAACGUCCGCAACACAGGGCACGGGUAUCGAGGAUGCCAUCCACUACGCCAUGCUCUCGGCACUGGAUCAAAUACAUGCACAGAAGCAGCAAGCAGAUCAAGGGCCUUCCGACCCUCCUACGCUGGCUGGACGAAUGGCUCACGCUGUACAGUUCUGCAGCCUCCUGUGA